AAGUAAAUUUACAGAUAAUUUAAUUGAAGAAAAUCAAUUAUGAUUAACUUGAUUGAUUGUUGACUGGGUCACUGUCACAAUUUUUACUUUGUAUGGAUUGGAUUGUGGUUAUUGAUACUUAACUGUAGGUAUAGUUAGAUAAAGUAGGGUGAUUAAGGCGGUUGUGUACAAUUUGUGUCGAUGCGGUGUCAAACGUCAUCAUUUUCACCUGAUAGCUAUUAUAAUAGGUAUAAGUACGUAUGUAUGUUCAUGUUCAUGGACUAGUUUUUUAAAUGAAAUUUGUAACAAAGGAUCAAGUUUUUUCAAGGAUACGUAUUUACGUAUUUGGGACAAAGGAUACUUUGAUCCUUACUGUACAUGUGUCGUCAUCUGACGUAUAAUUAAUUAAUUAUUUAAUUAUAGGUUUUAUUCAACCGAAUAUUGGAGCUUUUAAAUACUUUUAGGUUAAUGCUGUAAAUACAUAUCCGGUAAAUAAUAAAGUCCCACGUGAAUGUGUUUAUUUAUACAUUUUACCGGCUCUGAAAAACAAUGGCUGAGGAAAUAAAAAAUUUAAAUGAAGAGUCAAAUAAUGAAGCACACUUUAGUCAUGAAGAGUUGGUUAAAUUAACUCAGGAAGCUAUUGACAAAAUAAUCGAAAGUGAUCCACUUUUUUCUGGUCUACCUUCAGAUGUGACAACUGAAGAAUUAAAAUCCCAGACUGCUGUUGCUCAAGGACAGGCUAUCACAUUGUAUUUAAAUCGGGGUGAACUGCCUCGUUUGUCUAUUGUGGUUUCACCGAACAGUACCACCGUUUUGGAUCUGAAAAAAGCAAUAAAGAGACAAACAACAUUGGCUUUGUGUCGAGAACGAGUGAAAAAAAAAAUCAGCUGGAAGCACGUGUGGAAAAAGUACGACUUAUGCUUCGACGGUGUUCCUUUAAAUAAUGACAAUGAAAAUAUUAAAAAUUAUGGUAUUGCUAAUAAAGUUGAAUUGCAGUAUGUAAAAAAACGUAGGGAGAAAAAUAAAAUAGGUGUGAAAUUAGCAGAAGAUAAUUUAAAAAAUUUUUAA